AUGGGAAAUAAACAAACCAUCUUUACGGCACAGCAGCUAGAUGCCUAUCAGGACUGUACAUAUUUCACAAGAAAGGAAAUUCUGAGACUCUUCCACCGCUAUCGGGAUUUGGCACCGCAGCUCGUUCCUCUUGACUACACCAACCACCCAGAUGUGAAGUUACCAUAUGAGCUGAUUGGCAGCAUGCCAGAGCUGAAGGACAACCCGUUUCGACAGAGGAUCGCUGAGGUUUUCUCUGAGGAUGGCGAGGGAAACAUGACACUGGACGACUUCUUGGACAUGUUUUCUGUCCUCAGUGAGAUGGCUCCACGGGACCUCAAGGCCUACUAUGCUUUCAAAAUUUAUGAUUUCAACAACGAUGACUUCAUCUGCAAGUCAGACCUGGAGAAGACGCUGAACAAGCUGACUCGUAACGAGCUGACAGAAGACGAGGUGAGGAUGGUGUGCGAGAAGGUGAUCGAUGAGGCCGACCUGGACAAUGAUGGCCGUCUGUCACUCGAAGAUUUUCAGCACAUGAUUGUUAGAGCUCCGGACUUCCUCAGCACUUUUCAUAUAAGGAUAUAA